GAUCCCUGCUCAUCUGAAACAACACCUCCCUGAGAAACUGACCGAGGCUGACACAGCACGUGAGAGCAGGAUGAGCAUGCGUGGAGCUGUGGUGGGUUGCGUGGUGCUGGCAUGCCUGGCGGUGCUCCUGGUUGAGAGGACAGAGGGUCACAUCACGUUCUUCAGCCCAAAGGAGAUACUGCUGAUGAAGGAGCGAGAAGGUAAGAAAGACACGGAGCCUCGAUCGGAGGACGGUCAGUUUGAAGAAGUCACCAUUCAGCAGGCUCCUCGGAUGGAACGAGAUGGGAAUCCUGAAAACCCACUGAAGCUUGACAUCCGUCGUUCAACCAAACAGCUGGAUCACAUGGAUCCGUUGCUCAACCAGAUCAUCCACGACAUAGUGGAGCAGCACCAGAAAGCCAGAUAACAGGACCGGGGGCACAAAGAGGAUGGACGCUCUGUAUAUUCUUCAGGGGGGAAAAAGCACUGGAUGCUUCUCUGUUUCGUUGUGUUUAAAUAAAUCAUCUAAUAAAAGGAA